CUUACACAGCAUGGCGGAAGGAGUAGUUGUCUGGAUGGAUUAUUACUCACCUUUUACUUUACGUCUUAUGUCUUGACGGGAGGAUUUUUGGACUUUCGAGACUCAUUUCACCACACUUAAAACUUCUUAAGCAUAUUCUCGCUACGAUGGCAGACCGCGGGUUGGAUUUGCUGGCUCUGCCGAAAGAGGUUAGAGAGCAGUUGGCGGAGUUGGAGUUGGAGCUGUCUGAAGGUGACAUUACACAGAAAGGCUAUGAAAAGAAACGAGUGAAACUGCUGGGCCCAUACGUACCACAGACCCAAAAGGUGGAUAUCCAGUUGACCCCGGGUGUUUCGAAAGACCCCGCCCUCAGCCCCAACACUGGGCCCACUCCUGCCCCACGGCAACACAGAGCUCACCGCAGCGGAGGAGCACGGGAUGACCGCUACAGGUCAGAUAUUCACACAGAGGCUGUGCAGGCUGCUCUGGCCAGGCAUAGAGAGGAGAAAAUGGCCCUUCCCAUGCCCACCAAGCGCCGUUCAGCCUUCGUUCAGUCUGCUGCGGAGAACUGCACUCCUCCCGAUACAUCAUCAGCAUCAGAGGACGAGGGCUCUCUGCGCAGGCGUCAGGCUGCCAUCAGUGCAAUGUUGGCACAGAACCUCCAGAGUCCUGAGUACUGGAUCAACCGCUCCGUCCAGAGCUCCUCCACUUCCUCCUCUGCCUCCUCCACCCUCUCUCACGGAGAAAGCAAAACUCAAAACCAGAACCAAGGGCAGACCAGCAUACUUGCAGAUUUGCUGGCACACACCCGCAUAGAGAGCAGCAGCGUUCCACCUGAUGUCACAUCCUCUCUGCCUCAGGAGAGAAUCUCCAGAGUGGAUAUUCCACCCAACAUAGCAGUGAAGGGCAUGAGCCGUGGCCAGAAUCGCUCUAGUAUGGACACUGCCGGCGGUGUUCCAGUACAUAGUCGUGUCUCCACCAAAAUUCAGCAGCUGCUCAAUACGUUGAAGAGACCCAAACGGCCUCCACUUAGCGAGUUCUUCCUGGAUGACUCUGAAGAGAUUGUGGAAGUUCCCCAGCCAGAUCCCAACACACCCAGGCCAGAGGGCAGACAGAUUAUUCCAGUAAAGGGGGAGCCACUGGGGGUGGUCAGUAACUGGCCACCGGCCCUGCAGGCCGCCCUGGCACGUUGGGGAGCCACGCAGGCCAAGAGCCCCGCUCUCACCACCUUGGACAUCACUGGCAAACCACUUUACACCCUCACCUAUGGUAAACUUUGGAGUCGUAGUCUGAAAUUGGCGUACACACUAUUAAACAAACUGGGCACCAAAAAUGAACCAGUGCUGAAACCUGGUGACAGGGUGGCUUUGGUGUAUCCCAACAGUGACCCUGGGAUGUUCUGUGUGGCCUUCUAUGGGUGUCUUCUCGCUGAGGUCAUUCCUGUCCCAAUAGAGUUGCCUUUGUCCCGAAAGGAUGCAGGAAGUCAGCAGAUUGGCUUUCUGUUGGGAAGCUGUGGUGUGGGCCUUGCUUUAACUAGUGAAGUGUGUCUUAAAGGUUUGCCAAAGACCCCUAAUGGAGAAAUAAUACAAUUUAAAGGAUGGCCUCGCCUUAAAUGGGUGAUCACUGAUACUAAGUAUCUCACAAAACCAUCCAAGGACUGGCAGCCACACAUACCUACUGCAAACACUGACACUGCUUAUAUAGAGUAUAAGGCCAGUAAGGAGGGUACGGUGAUGGGCAUAGCUGUGUCUAAAAUCUCUAUGCUGACACACUGUCAGGCUCUAACACAGGCCUGCAAUUACUGUGAAGGGGAAACACUAGUUAAUGUCCUGGAUUUCAAGAAAGACAUAGGCCUGUGGCAUGGAGUGCUUACGAGUGUUAUGAACAGGAUUCACACUAUUUGUGUGCCAUAUGCUGUCAUGAAGUAUUGUCCACUAUCCUGGGUGCAGAGAGUUCAUGUUCACAAAGCUCGUAUGGCCUUGGUGAAAUGUAGGGACCUGCACUGGGCUAUGAUGGCUCACAAAGAUCAGAAGGACACCAAUCUAUCCUCUCUACGCAUGCUGAUUGUAGCUGAUGGAGCAAAUCCCUGGUCAGUGUCUUCGUGUGAUGCCUUUUUGAACGUCUUCCAGUCUCAUGGGCUGAAGCCUGAGAUGAUCUGCCCAUGUGCUUCCUCCCCAGAGGCCAUGACCGUGGCCAUCCGCAGACCUGGUGCCCACGGCACUCCACUUCCUGCCAGGGCCAUUCUGUCAAUGGCCGGACUCAGUCACAGCGUGAUCCGUGUCAAUACUGAGGAUAAAAACUCUGCCCUCAAUGUACAGGAUGUGGGCCAUGUCAUGCCUGGAGCUCUGAUGUGUAUUGUAAAGCCUGAUGGGCCUCCUAUGCUCUGUAAAACGGAUGAGAUUGGAGAGAUUGUCUUGAACUCACGCGCUGGUGGUACCAUGUAUUACGGCCUUCCAGGAGUGACAAAGAACACUUUUGAGGUAAUACCUGUAAACUCAGGUGGUACCCCUAUAGGAGAGGUUCUCUUCACACGGACUGGACUAUUGGGCUUUGUGGGUCCGGGAAGUCUGGUGUUUGUGGUGGGGAAGAUAGAUGGUGUGCUUUCGGUCAGUGGACGUAGACACAAUGCAGAUGACCUGGUGGCCACAGCACUGGCGGUUGAGCCGGUCAAAACCAUUUACCGAGGGAGAAUUGCCGUGUUUUCCAUCACUGUGUUCUAUGAUGAGCGAAUAGUGAUUGUGGCAGAGCAGAGGCCUGAUGCCAGUGAAGAGGACAGUUUUCAAUGGAUGAGCAGAGUCCUACAGGCAAUAGACAGUAUCCACCAGGUGGGGCUGUAUUGCUUAGCAUUAGUACCUGCUAACUCCUUACCCAAAACUCCCCUGGGUGGUAUCCAUGUGUCCGAGACCAAGCAGCACUUCCUGGAGGGCUCUCUCCACUCGUGCAGCAUUCUGAUGUGCCCUCAUACAUGUGUGACAAACCUUCCGAAACCAAGGCAAAAGCAAUCUGUUGGAGUGGGUCCAGCCUCUGUCAUGGUAGGCAACCUGGUGGCAGGGAAGAGGAUCGCACAGGCAACUGGGAGAGACCUUGGGAUCCUGGAUGAACAAGAGCAAUCCGGGAAGCACCAGUUCCUGUCCGAGGCACUGCAGUGGAGAGCACAGAGUGAUCCUGAUCACGUCCUCUAUAUGCUUCUCAAUGCAAAGGGGGUAGCAGUGAGCACAGCUACAUGUUCUCAACUGCACAAGCGAGCCGAGAAGAUCACUGCAGCUUUGUUGGAAAGAGGAGGAAUUAACACUGGAGACAAUGUAGUGCUGCUUUACCCUCCUGGUAUAGAUUUAAUAGCCUCCUUCUAUGGCUGUCUGUAUGCCGGCUGUAUUCCAGUCACCGUCAGGCCUCCUCACCCACAGAACCUUGCCGCCACCCUGCCCACUGUCCGGAUGAUCAUAGAUGUGAGCAAAGCAGCCUGCAUCCUCACUACUCAGACCCUUAUGAAGAUUUUACGGUCUAAAGAAGCAGCAGCCAGUGUGAAUGUGAAGACAUGGCCAAAUAUCAUAGACACAGAUGAUCUUCCCAGGAAACGGCCUCCUAACAUCUAUAAGCCGCCCACUGCAGAGAUGCUGGCCUACCUGGACUUCAGUGUAUCCACCACAGGCAUGCUGACUGGAGUUAAGAUAUCUCAUUCAGCGGUCAGUGCUUUGUGUCGAUCCAUCAAGCUGCAGUGCGAGCUGUACUCUUCCAGACAAAUUGCCAUCUGCCUGGACCCCUACUGCGGCCUGGGCUUUGUGCUGUGGUGUCUGUCUAGUGUUUAUUCAGGUCACCAGUCAAUUCUGAUCCCUCCCAUGGAGUUGGAGACCUCUCUGCCCCUGUGGUUAAGCACACUUAGUCAGUAUAAGAUCAGAGACACCUUCUGUUCUUACUCUGUCAUGGAGCUCUGCACAAAGGGCCUUGGCACACAGACUGAAGCUCUGAAGGCACGCGGCGUGAACCUAUUGUGUGUAAGGAGCUGUGUCGUCAUAGCAGAAGAGAGGCCCCGUUUGGCACUCACGCAGUCAUUCUCCAAGCUCUUCAAAGACCUGGGCUUGUCUCCACGUGCAGUGAGCACUGCUUUCAGCGCCAGAGUCAACCUGGCCAUCUGUCUACAGGGCACUGCUGGUCCAGACCCAUCCACUGUUUAUGUAGACAUGAAGUCUCUCAGGCACGACAGAGUGAGACUGGUGGAGAGAGGAGCUCCUCAGAGUCUGCCGCUGAUGGAGUCUGGCACUAUCCUUCCUGGAGUGCGAGUGAUCAUCGUGAACCCAGAGACUCGGGGACCACUAGGAGACUCUCAUCUAGGCGAGAUCUGGGUGAACGGUCCUCACAAUGCCAGUGGUUAUUACACCAUAUAUGGUGAGGAGAGCCUGCAGGCUGACCACUUUAACACACGACUUAGCUUUGGAGAGACCGAAACGCUGUGGGCCAGAACUGGAUAUUUGGGCUUUGUCAAGAGGACGGAGCUACUGGAUGCCCGUGGAGAUCGCCAUGAUGCUCUUUUUGUAGUGGGUUCGCUGGAUGAAACACUGGAGUUGCGAGGUUUGCGUUAUCACCCCAUUGACAUUGAGACUUCAGUGUCUCGUGCACAUCGCAGCAUUUCUGAGAGUGCUGUCUUCACAUGGACCAAUCUGCUGGUUGUUGUGGUGGAGCUCAGUGGGUCGGAGCAGGAAGCUCUCGAUCUGGUUCCACUGGUCACUAAUGUGGUGCUUAAAGAGCACCACUUCAUCGUGGGUGUGGUGGUCAUUGUGGACCCCGGCAUCAUUCCCAUCAACUCCCGUGGCGAGAAGCAGCGCAUGCACCUGCGCGAUUCCUUCCUGGCUGACCAACUGGAUCCUAUCUACGUGGCGUACAACAUGUGAGCACGAACUAAACGCUUUAUAAAAGCUUAAAGCUCUAAAUGGCUCCCAAAGACACAACGUGGACACAACAUGGCCAUUCCCAAAGUGGACAUGGAGGAAGCUGGCCUCUGCGCUGAGCCUUGUAGAUAUUUUUAUGUUCUUUCUAAUGUGAUUGUGACUGAGUUUUAGCCUGUUUGACCAAUGGUGGUGAAGUCCACCCUGGCUCAAGCCAUUCAACCCUCCCUGGACAUUCAGUAUGUCACAAGGAGGGUGGUGCUCUUCUUUUAGAAAAUAUUCCUGCCCUUUAAAAAAGGUGGAACCACAUUUUCACCAUAUAACAUAGUUACAUUGACUUUGAUGUCUUUGAUCUACUCUUAGUGCCACUUCUGGAAUGCCUCUAACAUAGAGCAAAGCUUAGCUUGCACAAAGCACCAUUGCCCAUAAAGAGCUGCAACAAGACACAAGAAACUUUUUUGUGCACUUUAUCUCCUCUCUUGAGCUAGCUAUCUGCCUGCGUAGGGGAGUGUCCCUUGAUUUUCAUUCUGGAAGUGCAAACUUAUUAUAGUUAUAUUCAGUAUAUAACAGGUUCACCAGCAAAGCAGACUGUACAUGGCAGUCCACCAGAGCUGAAGUCACCCACACUUGGUUUGUUCACGUUUUCUUUUACUUAAAACUCAUAGUAAUUUUAAUGGUUUUAAAAUAAUAGAACGUUUACAUGCAUAAUCUUUUAUUUUUGCGUAAAACAAUUUCCCCCUCACAUUGUAAUGCACAUCAUUUAAGAACCAGAGUGAGGAGGGUUUUGUGAAAUGUAAAAAAGCACAGCAAUUUUAAGAUUUGAGAUGCAUUAAACGUAUGUAUAUUAAGGGUGAAAGAUUGAAGACCGUUCCAUGCCUUAUGAAACUUAUGGAUGUUUAAGUUUUUUUAUGUAUGCUUCUGGCUUUAUUUUGUUUCUUGUGUCAAAGGGACUUUGGAAAAAUGAAUGGAAGGCUUUUUUAUUUUGUGAACAAUAUAUUGUAGUGUCUAACUGGUGUUACUGUGUAAACAAAUGGACACCAUUACCCGGUCCUAAAAAAAACUUGACUGAUCUUUCAUACUUGAUGGCAAUUCUCUGCAUCACUGGCUAAAUAAACAUCAUGAUGCAAAAACAAUAAAAAUAUUUUUACACAUUACAACCAUGAAACAAAAAAAUAUAUUUAGCAUCUUUAAUGUCCAUUGUUUCAUUUACCCUUCCUGUUUGUCUUAAUGUUUUUUUUGGUUGCAGUUUGUGGGUGUGUGGGGGGUUUGCGGGCUUGAGUGGUUUACGAGGACAAUUUUUUAGGUUACAAACUGGUAAUUACAAGGGUAUUAUGCUAUAAAUGUGGUUUAUGAGGACAUAAUUCAAAUUACUUAAAAAAAACAUAUUAACAAUGUUUUGUUUUUGUUUUUUUAUGUAAAAAUGCAGAACGUUUUUUGUGAGGAUUCGGUUUAGGGUAUAUAAUAUAUAGUUCGUACAGUAUACAAAUUAUUAUGUCUAUGGAGAGCCCUCAUAAGGAUAGCCACACCAACACAUGUGUGUUUAAGAGAGUGAAAGAGUGAGAAAGAAAGCGAAUAAGGGUGUUUAAUCCAAUACUUUUUUCUUGGUCAGAUCUUUUUUCUGGUUCAAGCAGAUACCAAGAGAGAAUCUUUUACAUAUUUUCUAUCUUAAUAAAACUUACUAUAUCAUUUAUUAGCACCUAACUGAAAUGUAUUUUUUUAAAUGGCCUUCAAUAUCAAAAAUAUAAAUUUUUAUGGCUGAUUGUUUACAUGUGAAUUUCUGUGCAGCUCCUUUCUUCAAAGAUGCACGUUUCUUUUUUGCUACAUUCUCAUAAUUGUUUUGUUUUCUUUUUUUAAUUCAUUUAAUUUUAAUUUUUCUAAUUGUCAAAAUACUGAGUGUGUAUUCUUUUUAAAAUGUAUAGUUUUAUCUGUUAAUUAAAUUAGUUAUUGUUAUCAUCACUGAAUCCUAAUUUCUUGAUUACAGUAACUUCUUGUGAGCAAAGUGCAAAUACAAGGAACUUUUGAAUGAGCCUAAGAAGAAUUUUCAUUUAGUGCUCUUUUAACAGACAUGACUGCUUUGAAAAUGUAAUUAAUUCUGUGAGGAAUCAGUAAACAAAUGAAUCUGUAUUUUAAAGCAAAACUGUACAUCAAAUCAUAUAUUUAAUUAAAUACAUUAAAUAGUUU